AUGUUCCCUCUCUACUUCCUUGGACUCCUCUUUAUCGCGCCCCGGACAGACGACAAGAGAGAGGAUAGAGAGAGCGGGAAGGAGAGAGAGAGCGGGAAGGAGAGAGAGAGCGGGAAGGAGAGAGAGAGCAGGGCUAGGAGCGAGCGAGGGUGCACUGGGUUUGAUCGUGGGGACGUGCUGGAGGUGUCCCGGGCUGUGUUCACCCACUACGGGGUGUACCUGGGGGGGGGCAGGGUGGCACAUCUGGUACCAGACAUCCUGCCUGUCGUGUCUGACGACCUGCAAGCCAUCGCUCAGACCGUCACCAACACCAGGUUCCUGCUGGGGAUACUGGCUAAGGUGGCGAGUGUCAGGAUGGACAAGGUGGAGGACUUUGCUUAUGGAUCAGAGAUCGUCGUCAACCGCACAGACAAGCUGGUUAGCCGUCCCCCCCUGCAGGGAGAGGAGGUUGCUCGCAGAGCAGAGAAGCUCCUGGGUCUAGCAAACUUCAGCCUGCUGUGGUGGAACUGUGAACACUACACCAUGUACUGUCGCUACGCUAGCAGCAUGAGCUUCCAGAGCGCUCAGUUCUGCUUAACGGCGCGAAAAUACCUUUUGAGGCGGGCGAGCGCCUACCUGAGUGCAGCCCUCGGGCUGUUCCUGAUGGUCUACCUGGACGCGGUGUCCCUGUUCUCGGCCUUCGCCAUCUUCUUCGUCUCCAUCAACGUCUGGAUGGCCGUUUAGGAACUAGGCCUAUACCGAACGGUAACGGACCAACGGGUGUCGGAAAGGACAGAGUGAAAAAUAAUAAUAAUAAUACGGGAGUAAACGGUUAGUGUAUAGAACGUUAAUGAACUGUUUUGUGAUCUAAUAUUUUUUUCGUGGAGAGUUGUUCUUCACAAGGACAUUGUAGACCUAGUCUCAUUGUAGGCUAAAUCCUUCACUCCUAUUGAGGCCUAUUGUUAGAACUAUGCACCUUGAUUCUUUUUUUAUUUUAUUUUUUUCUGUAUAUAAUUAACUCAGCCAAUGUGUGCAUUUCGACCUGCAUGUAAAAGUGAAAUUGUUUAACGUUAACAUUAAAGACCGUGUAAUUUU